AUGGAUCUUGUUGUUUUAGCUCUGAACCCUACUUGUGCUAUGGUUGAUAUUGAUUGCCUUCCCGGAUAUCACUGCGAAGACACGAGCACAGGAAUGAAAUGUGCACCGGACCGAGCCCCUUCUCAAGAAAGUAAAUCAUCGUGCGCUUUACUCGAGUGUCCAGAAGGAGAAUAUUGUGAAGUUCUCGAUGAGGGACCACGAUGUGUUGUCUUGUCAGAGCUCUGUGCAGCAGUAGUCUGCGCUACUGGUCAGUGUGUCGAAUUCAGUGGCAACUUUGGAUGCUUUAAUACAACAGAACCAAGAUUGUUAUUGAUCUUUAUUCUGGCUAACGUUUCGGCGUCGUCGCCUUCUUCAGAGCCUGGAAAAAUCAAAGACUCGUGUAAUCUACUCUCUCAAACGCCUCGAUAUAAGGCUGCUAUUAUCGUUGUUUUCACGGUACCAGCUAUAGAUGCUACUGCAACUACAAAGAUGACAGGUAUGAGAAACUCGCUGAUAUCUGAUCAAUGGAGGAAAACAGUUCUGAACCUUCAUAACGGGUUUCGUAGAACACUCGCCUCAGGAAAACAGAUGGGGAAAACUGCCCUUUUGAGGGGUGCCGACGACAUGAAAGAGCUCAGUUGGGACUACAAUGCAGAGGUGCUUGCUCAAGCAGAAGCUAAAAAAUGUGGCGCCAUCACCGCCCCAAAGAACUACGGAUCUAUCCAGAACAUGAUCAGCGUGAAGAAGACAUGUGACGCAACCGAAACAGCCAGGAAAGAAAUAUCGAUGUGGUGGAAGGACGGCGCUACUCAGCAAACAUCAAGCACCAAGGAUGAUAAGAAUGAUAAGUUUUCUCAGAUGGCUUAUUAUAAUACUAGUGCAGUGGCGUGCUCAUACUAUCCAUGCACUGCCACACAAUUAAGUUUGGUCUGCCUCUAUAAUAAGGACGGAGCAGCAAAAACGGUCAAGGAACUUUACAAUAACGCUACAGGAAAAUGCAAUUGUACAGGUUGCACUGCGUACCUUUGCCCGUCGGAAUUCACUCCUGCUCUACUGCCAAGCUCAGUAUGCCCUUCCUGCACCAAAUCAACUGAACUCUUCAGAGAAGUUGCCCUGUAUUCACAUAAUUAUUACAGAAGAUUGGUGGCCACAGGAUGGGCUGAGGACAAAAAGAGCAAAUAUGCGAAACCGGCGAAGGCAAUGAUGGAAUUGCAAUACGACAAAGACUUAGAAGAUAAGGCGAAAAAGUACCUGAAUCCAAAAAAAGAUACAUGCCCAGCAACUCCCGAAAAUCCGAGUUAUGCAGGAGAAAGCUUUUGGACAAGCGAGAAGUACUCACUGUCUGAAGAAGAGGCCGUCAAAAAGGCCGUAGAAAAAUGGUUCAGUUACCUGAAAAACAGUGGUCUCGGAGAUGAUAUGGGCUAUGCAAGUCUUAAAAAAGCCUCAGGCAAGCAACUCGCAAAUGUAAUCCAUGACAAGACCACGAGCGUUGGUUGUUUCGUUAAAAGUUGCGCGAAGCAGGGACUGAUUGUCGUCGAUUGUCGCUACUCUCCUGAGGCAGGUGGAGAUGUCUACGAAACUGGUAAGACCUGCAGCGCGUGCGCCAAAUCCGGCAAAUCCUGCUCGCCAGCUGGUGGACUUUGUGCCUGA